AGCUCUUCUUACUUCAAACUUUUCUUUUCACAGAAGUCCCAUUCAACUAACAUAUGGCUUCCUUUGGAGAAUUGCCCUCCAAAGAAGGAGGCUUCCACCACACAAUCUCUUUCCAAGAGAGGCCAAAACACAAACUCUCACAACAUGAGAAAAAACCACUCUCUGCAUAUACAUGUAAUGAUCCAAAAAGCCUUGGUUCCACAAAGCACAAGUCUGAGAAAGACACAAUAAGAAGUAGGUCUUCUUCAUCUCAAUUCAAAAGGGCUGGUUCAGCUUCAGAAAGAUCAAACUCUAAACCAUUGGUGUCAGCAGAUUCUAGAAUGGUAGGACCCCUAAUGGAUGAAGUUGCCAUUAGAACAGUAAUAGCUAUCCUCAGUGGCUACAUAGGAAGAUAUUUAAAAGAUGAUCAUUUCAGGAUAACAAUCAGAGAGAAGUGCACUGCUAGCUUUGAUAGAAGAAGAAAGGAUUCAAGUGAUGACAUUUUUGUGAACAUGGAAUUGGGUAUGGAGAAAGUUGAUAGAUUAGUAGAAGAUCAUGGAACAAAGAAAGAGGUGGUAGUGAUGAUCAAAAGCUUGAGGAAUUCCAUUGAGCUUUUAACCAAAGUUGCUUCUUUGAAUUCAAAAACGUCCAGGGUUGCUUCAACUUGUGGUGUACAAAAUUCCAAUCUCUCUGCUUGUGCUCAACUAUACUUGGCAAUAGCUUACAAGCUGCAGAAAAAUGAUAGGGUUUCCUCAAAGCAUUUACUUCAAGUGUUUUGUGAUUCUCCAUGUUUGGCUCGAACCUAUCUUCUUCCUGACCUUUGGGAGCAUUUGUUUCUUCCCCAUCUUCUCCAUCUUAAGAUUUGGUACAACAAAGAGCUUGAGUUCCUUUCAAAUGAAGAUCAUGGUGAGAAGGAAAAGAAAAUGAAGGUAUUGAGCAAAGUUUAUAAUGAAAAAAUGGAUACUGGAACUUCUCUGUUUGCUCUUUACUACAAGCAAUGGCUUAAAGUUGGGGCUAGUGAGCCUCCUCUUCCAAUUGUCUCACUGCCAUCAAGGCCAAGUUACAGAUCAUCAAGAAGAAGGUCUUCAGAUUCUUCCAUUUCAAAUUACUCUAUCAACCCAAACUUAUACAAGACUGUGUUUGGCCCCAAAGUAGAGCCGCAACUAACAGGUCUUGGUGACAAAAAUGGAGUGUUGACAAUCAGAACGUGCUUAGAGAGGGAUGAAAAAUUGUAUGGAGACGAAUGCAAAUGCAGUUCAGUUAAGAAAGAAGACAGGAUAUCUCUUGGAAGAUCAUCAAACCAAUUUGACAAGAAUCAAGCUCAAUUAUGGACUGUGUCACAGAGAUUGGACUAUUUUCAGUGGUUUUCUUGCAGGUUCAUUCCAACAGAAAGCUUGGUAAAUGGAAACAAUAGAUCCAAGAAUGAUUCAUUCAAAAAGGAAACACCUGUUCUUUCGAGUGAUUUUGUUGGAGCUAUUACAACUAUAUGUUCAUCAGAUAUUCUAAGUGAAUGUGAAUUUGCUAUUCGUGUGGUUACCAAAGCUUGGUUGAACUCUCCUGGUGAUCCUCUCAUUGAAAAAGCACUGACACAACCUAAUGUAGUUGAAGCUAUCCUAGAGGUGUUAUUAGCCUCAACUGAGGAUGAAAUUCUUGAAUUGAUUAUAUCAAUUUUAGCAGAAUUAAUAGUAAGGAAUGGUGCAAUAAGACAAAUUAUACUGAACUCUGAUCCUCAACUAGAAAUCUUUGUGAGACUUCUAAGAAGCACUAGUCUGUUUCUAAAAGCUGCAGUUCUGCUUUAUCUGUCAAAGCCACAGGCAAAACAGAUGCUAUCAUCAGAAUGGGUGCCACUUGUACUUCGAGUGUUAGAAUUUGGAGACAAAUUGCAGACCCUCUUCACAGUACAAUGCAGUCCUCAAGUGGCAGCAUUUUAUGCUUUGGACCAACUUCUUACUGGUUUUGAUGAAGAUAAGAAUUUAGAGAAUGCCAGGCAUGUUCUUUCACUUGGGGGAUUAACCCUACUAAUUAGAAGAAUUGAACAAGGAGAGGUUCAUGAGAGAAACAAUUCUGCUUUGAUAAUAUCAUGUUGCAUUCGAGCUGAAGGAAGCUGCAGGAGUUUUUUAGCUGAGAAUAUAAACAAGACUUCAUUACUUGAACUCAUUGUUCUCGGGAGUAAACAAAAUUCCAAAGGGUAUGCCUUGUUUGUGCUAGCUGAGUUGCUCUACCUUGAUAGAAGAUCCAAGACUUUAAAUUUCUUAAGAGGACUUAAAGAUGGAUGGGGUGGCUUAAACAUAAUGCACAUUUUCCUCAUUUACCUUCAGAAGUCUGCACCCGAAGAACGCCCUUUAGUUGCAGUGAUAUUAUUGCUGCUUGAUCUUAUGGAAGAUCCUUUCAAAGGCAGCUUAUAUAGAGCAGAAGCGAUUGAAGCAGUUGUAGAUGCUUUAAAUUGUCAAAUAUGUAACGAUAGAGUUCAAGAACAAUCAGCUCGAGCUCUACUCUUAUUAGGAGGCCACUUUUCUUAUACAGGAGAAUCAUUAAUGGAAAAAUCGCUUUUACAAAAAGCAGGUUUCCAAGAUACUAUCUUAGAAGAUUCAUUUCCUUGCAAGGACAUUGUUGUCUAUGAUUCAAUUAAGAAUAAAGAGGAAGAAGAAGCUGAAAGUUGGAAAAGAAGAGUAGCUUGUGUCUUGUUCAUAAGUGGAAAUAAGAAUUUGCUAUCAGCACUUGCAAAUUCCAUAGCCAAUGGCAUCCCAAGUUUAGCACGAGCAAGCCUUAUAACUAUAUCAUGGAUGAGCAGCUACCUAAACUUUAUUGAAGAUAAAAAGUUGUCACCAAUGGCUUUGUCAAUCUUAAUGCCACAGUUACUACAAUCCUUGAAUUAUGAUAAAGAUGUUGAGGAAAGAGUGCUAGCUUCAUAUUCAUUGAUAUGUCUUAUAAAAAAUUCAGCAGGAUAUGUCUCUGUCCUACCAUCACUGGAUAAAUACUCACUCAGACAUCUCAGAAAUCUCUCCCUAGUGACGUGGACUGCCAAUGAACUCAUAUCAAUCUACUCAAAAAGCAACUUGCAAUUAAGACAAUGAUAAUUGUUGAAUUUUUUUUUUUGUCUUUCAUAUAAGUGUGAUUGCAAUCAUCCUUGAGUUUUGUAUAGUUUAUUAAUUUGA